CAUCCGUCAGAGGAUCCAUGGCCAUGGAGACGUUCUUCACCGCGCUCGUCUUCUGCGAGGCGCCCCUUGACAGCUAUGGCACGUCAGUGUUCACCGCCGGCACGGUCAAGAGGCUGGUUUCUGGCGGAGGUAACGCGACGAAGCCGGCGGUGGCUAACAAGCGGGACGCUGAGAAGGAGCAGGGUUUCUUCUCUGGCAAGCUGUCGGCGCAGUGGCGUGCUGGGUUCGAGCUCGCAUUCGAUGGACUCAAUUGCUUCGACACCGUCGUCAUGCAUUAAGCAUUUCAUAUUCUGGAAUUUGAUCUGUAUGUAUAGAACUCAGAUCAGUUAGAAAUUAGAAUGCUUGACGCGGACCUGGGCUUGUGUUGUUUUUUUGUUCAUUCGAUUCGAUUGUAUCAGCUUAUGUCUUCGGUUGCAGGUUCAUGUAGAUCAUUCAGUCAGUCUGCCUUUCUGACUAUAUCUUGCACACGCUUGUC